UACUAAAGGCGUAUUUGAUAUCAUUUUUAUCAGCUUUAACUUUGAAAUGAUCCUCAAAAUAUCUUCUGAUGGUUUUAUGUUUUUUGAAAUCUUAUUUUGUUUCUGUCUACGCUGAACUGAUAUGAAACAUGAACAAGGAACGGACCCCGGUUGGCUACGAGGCCCGUGAAUUUAUCACAAAAUGGCCGCCGAAGUGGAUCUUGCAAAAUUUGACGACGUUUUCUUAGGGAUUUUACAGCAUUUGGGAAGAAUUGAGCCUUUUCUGGAGGCAAUAUUCUUCUUCCUUGCUAGGAGAACGGACUUUUUCAAACUAAUGCAUAACAGAGAAGAUAAAAUGGGUUUUCCACCAGGCGUUGCAAAACAGAUCGUGACAAGGAUAUUUGAGAAGUAUCAGAAAUUAGUUCUUGGAAAUGAGCAGGAGAGAAGUAAAGUAGAAAAAACAAAGUCCCCUCAAAAGAAAACAAAAGCGGCACCAGUAGAACCUGCAAAAGUUCCUGAUGCUGCCAAAAUUGUAGAGGUAGAAACAAGUUUAGCUGAAAAAGCUGAGUCUACAAAACCAAAGGAUCCAGAAGAUAAAGUUAAGAAUGUGGGUGAUGAUGACAGCCUUACUGCCAGAAAUACAAAAGAAAAAAAGACCGAACAGCAGACAACUUCAGAAGGAAUGAAAGGCAAGGCAGUUGCACAUCAAGAUGCUGAUUCUUUCAAUGGAGCAGUCACUGACAAAUACUCAUGGGCACAAACACACAUUGAUGUUGAUGUUAAAGUUCCUAUCCCAGAUUUUGUCAAGAAAUCUAAAGAUAUAGAAGUUGAAAUAAAGCCAGAUAAACUGAGGAUAUCACUGAAGAACAAUCCCCCAGUUGACUCUGGUUUCACAAGCAAGCUUAUUGUUGAUGGGAAAUUUACACAGCGAAUAAGAGAUGAAGAAAGUAUUUGGAGUCUUGUUCCUGGUGAAUGCAUACAGAUUCAUAUUGAAAAGACAAAGGAAGUUUUUUGGACUGCUCUAUUGCAAGGUGAGCCUGAAAUCGACAAAACGCAAUUGGACACAACAAGAGACGUUUCUGAAUUUGAUGAACAAACUCAAGCAGAUUUUCAGAAAGUCAUGUACGAUCAUCGCCAGAAGAUUCAAGGAAAACCAACUAGUGAAGAACAGAAAACACAUGAACUAUUGAAGCAAGCAUGGGAUGCAGAGGGCUCACCAUUCAAAGGCACACCAUUUGAUCCUUCAAGUGUCAACAUUUCCAGCUGAGAAGAACAGGGAUAAAAUUAUCUUCCUUCAAAGUCUUUAUCCAAAUCUCUAAAGGAAUCUUUGAUGGUUUAUCUUACCUCAGAAUUGUUUGAUUUUUCAACCAACAAAGUUGAAGUUCACCAUGGUUGGUGCUGUUUUGGUCUGAAGACAUCCAACCUUCCUUUGUUAUGGAGGACUGAACACAUUGGAUUAUGAAAACUGUUGACAUUUGGGGGAAAGAUUAUGUUACUUUCUAAUCAAUGAAAAAUUUUGGCAGCACUAGGUUCAUGCGCUUGUAUAGGGAAAUAGAUCUUUAAUGGCAUCAAGCAAAUUUGAAUGUGACAUGUCAAUCUAGGCCAUUAAUAUUACAUGCUGAAAUAACAUUGCUUUGUUAGAGGUAUGCAAAGAGUGCCUACUUGUAAAGAUUAAUCUUCUUCCCAUAAAUUUGUUGUCUUUUGUUUAAAACUGCAGUUGGUUAAGCUCUCUUAUAUUUUAAAAUCCUAGUUUUGGUAUAUAUAAAGGCAAGCUUGUCGUUCUUUCAAAAUUCUAAAUGUUUUACCUUUGAGGAGAUUUGAUCUAAAAAGGCAUAUCUAGUAUGCUUAGACAUUGCUCCACGUUAAAAAUCAGCAUGGAAGUUCACAUUGUAAAAAUGGGUCUAAUGGUACUAACAAGUAGCCUGUGACUAAGCCAUGGGAACCAACAUUAAUGAAACCAACUAAAACACAUUCUUUGAACUUCUGCUCAAGCUUUAAACCAUGAUUUUUAAGUAAACAAGUGAGUUGUGAUGGUACCAGAGUCCGGAGGGAAUUUUGUUUGAAUUAUAAAUAAAGAUUGUUUAUGUGGUCAAAAUUAUUUAAAUUAAUAUUUUGAUUGUACCUCUUUUUGUUAUUAUCAUAUUAUGGAUAAUUCAAAACACUGAAAGAACCCAGCAUUGGUUGUACAAAGUGCCCAGCAUUGAUUGUACUGAGACAACAAAAGAUUUGUUGAAGUGACUAAAGGAAAUCUGAAGCAUUCACUCUAUGGAAUACAUAAGUUAAAAAAGUUUUUGAAGUAAAAAUUUUGGAUAUUCUUUUUUAACAUAAAGUUUUUUGACAGUUAGAGAGAUUCUAGAUAAAAUUUCGGAACCAAUUUUGAAAAGGUUUAUCUCAUUUCAUUGUAUUUUGGCAUUUUUUAGACUCAAUGUGUUUGUAAAAUAUUCUUUUUAAAGAAGAAGCAUGUAAAGUUGAUAUAUUUUUUCAAAAUUUUUUCCCCAAAAUUAUCAGAAUAUAACUUUUAUGGGGCAUACAACCAUGUGUGUGACAAAGAGGGAAAGGCAAAAUAGACCAAAACCAAUGAAAUACAUAUUAGAAGAAUAUUUCUUAUGUUGAGUUAUAACUUUGAUCAUUAUUAGCUGCCAAUGUUGUUUGCUUACUUGCCUUGUGUUUCUAUUUUCAAAAAGAGUAGAGUUAAACAUCUCAAGCAAAAAAAUUCUGAAAUCUUUGUCUGAAAUUUUUUUAUGUCCAAGAUUUUUUGUAAUCAACAUUCUGUGGAUCGAAAAAUAAUAUCUACAAGACAAGACAUGUAAAAGUUGUUCCAAAUGACAUUUUUGGUAAAAUCAAAGGGACAUUGAAGGCUGCUACAUCAGGCUUUCAACCAAACAAAUUUUAUACACUUUCUGAUGCAACUGACUGUGGUAACACUAGAAGUGCUGGAGCUGAUUUGACAUUUCCAAUUUUUACAGUUUUGCUGAUCAAAUAACUGUAAAUAAAACAAUCUUUUUUACUAUAUUUGUAACUGACUAAGAUACAAGCAUUGUUUUAUAAUAUUCACAUGGUCCAAACACUUGGUAACCACACUGGUAAACUUAAUCAAUCAAUAUUUUAUACAGUUAUGUAAUGUCAUUUCUUUGUUUAGAUUGUAGUUUUGUAUUAAGUGUUUUUAAUUUAAUUGUAUUCAAACAAUCUUUUGGUGGUACAAAACUUGUAAAUGGCUUUGAAAAAAGCAAACAUUUAGUAAACUAAAGCUUUUCGUCUGACACUCUUCAGAGUUUAAAAUGUCAGAACAUAGAUCGUAAAACUCUACGCUAAGAAAUAUAUAUACCCGGUAUAAAAAUAUAUAUACCUAGAAACAACACUUUCUCGAGAGUUUUAAGUAAAUUCAGGAAAACUUGGUGAGAUGGGAAGAAAAAAACAUGUAGACAGUAAAAUAUGUUUCAUUUGCAAUAUAUCAGUACAGGUUCAACAAAUGUAACAAACAAAUUGUGAGAACGUUUAUAGGAACCACACUAUUCAAAAUAAGGAGAUUAUUCAUUGCCUUGAGCAAGUUACCUGUAGGAAUGCUAACAAAAAUAUGAGCUGCCAUGAGAAUUUUUCAAAAGGGAAUAGGAAUUAUGCUAUUGCUAAUGCUGUAAAAACAGGCCUUAAAAAGAAGGUAAGGCCAGGAAACAGAAUACAAUAGAACACAGACCCAAAUAUUGUGCAGGAACUUUGAGCAAGAAAUACAUGCUAUAAAGCUCAGCCAAUCAUCUAGUCAUCGCAAAUUUACAUGUUGAUAGUCUCAAAGGAAGUGAGAGACAUGGUCAAGCAUUUCUUGGGUAUAGAAUGUACCAAUAGUUGGCAGAAUUACUGUGGCUACUGAAUCAAUUGAAAAAAUCUUGCUUUUAACUUUGCUAAUAACAAUGAAAGGAAAGAGCCAUGCCCCUUCACAUUAAUGUUUUCUUUUGUAGCAUUGUCACUCUAAUUAAGCAAACUGGUGAUAAUUGUCUGAAAAAACUUUAGUGUUCAACGCCUAGUUUGGUCUUCAACAGCUCAACAGCAUCAU